AUGGUUUCCCCCACUACCCAUGUCAAAACACCCUUUUUGAACGGUGUCCACCACCCGACCAACGAUAACGUGUCUGCUUCAAGCAACACUAUUUUGAAUUUUAACAACAAACAACAAUCUACUGCCGCUGGUCCCGCGACUGCUGCCGCUGCCCCCAUCUCUCUGCGAGCUCACCUAGAAGCCGCCAUCUCGAACCCUUCAUCUUCGUCUGCGCAAGCCAAUCUGCUGACUCACCUUCAGUCUACCCUGGCCGCCAUCCGUCCCCCGCCUCGAGCCGUCGCUACCCCUUCCUCUAGCCCGGCCCAUCCCACCACGCCAGCCCAGCCUACGUUUGCUCGAGUGCCUAGCAUUACCCCUACUGCUGUCGCCUCUGCCCUCGCUGCUGCCGCUGCUGGACGUCGUCACUCUCUGUCAUCUACCCGAGUUUCUGCUCCUGCUGCUACCCGCAUCACGCCGGCCCAGAAGCAACGUCUAGAGCAGAUCCGACACUAUCAACAGCUCAUCGCCCAGCUCAACGCCACGAUGCCUGCUGCUGCUGAUGGCUCGGUCCCGACGCUGCCCUUCGAGGCACGUCCAACGGACUUUGUCAAGACCGAGGCCGGUUUCAACGCCGCUGCCUUCGGUCUCAACCCCAUGUCUGCUGACGACCCCUCGUGGAUCGGACACGGAUUCCAGGCCCAGGCCGUCGAGGACUUCCUCUCUUCUCCAGAGUGGACCGACCCCUCGCCUGCGCUUACCGACUCGAUGUCUUUCGAGAUUGACUCGUGCGGACCUAGCCCGCUGCUGCCCCUGGACAGCUACGAGGACGAUCUCGGAGUGCCCGGCAUUGCCGGCGCUCCUCUCUUCCCCCCUCAGGAUGGCUACGCCUCGUCCAACGUGAGCCCGCUCGAUCUCGCUCACAACGACUUCGGCGCCAACACGGUCGGUGACUUUGGUGCUCCCGAAAUGGGCUCCGACUUCACCCUCUUCCCUGAGUCCAAGGCUGCCAAGCUCCCUGUCGAGAUGGCGUUCAGCAAGCUCAACAAGGCGGCUGCAGGUGCUGGUGCCUCCACCGAGGACCCUGCGAUGACCCUGCUUCGUGCCCUCAGCAGCGCUGCGCUUUCCAACUCGUCAAGCACCGCCAGUGUUGCCGUGAGCCACAGUGCCACCUCGGCCGCUGCGGCUUCGACUCCGGCGCUGACUGCCUCGCCGCUGGCCUUCACUUCGAUGGCCGUUCCGCUGGCACCGGCUCCCACUCCUGCCCCUGCUCUUGCCUCAACGGCAUCGGCACCGGCACUUGCCCCCGCUCCCUCGACCUCCGCCUCGAGCCCGCCCACUCUGGACCGAAGGAGCUCGUCGUCGUCGUCCUGCACCAAGGCUACGACCGCCGAGUCCCGAGGCACCAAGCGACGACUCGAAUCGAGCGACCUCCUGCCUCUGGAUGCUCCAAUCCAGAAGCGUAACUACUACACGGUCUCGGCCACCUCGCGACGCGACACCGCAGAAGUGGACGAGUUUGCUGCUGAGGAGGAGGCCAUCCGACGCGAGAAGGACCCUCGUGUUGCCAAGCGUCUCUCGAACACGCUGGCUGCACGACGUUCGCGACACCGAAAGGCUGAAGAGCUACGUCUGCUGCACGAAAAGAUUGAAGCUCUCACGAACGAGGUCGAAUCGUGGAAGCGACGAUGCGAACUUGCCGAGAAGGAGAGGGACGAUGCGCGAGCGCUGCUCGCCUGA